CACAGUGCAGGAAGUUACUGGAGUUGAACUGCAGAUUCACUGUUAGGGAGAAGAAGUGGUCAGGUUUGUCCAUCCAUCAGUUCCAGCUUGCUGUAGUGAUUAACGCAGGACACGUUCAGGAUGAAAGAUGUGCCUGGAUAUCUGUCUCUUCAGCAGAGCAAAAGCGCUACUCCCGCCAUGGCGGCUCAGUGGCAUGAUCUUGAAGAGCUGUACAACAAAAAGUUGUGGCAUCAGUUGACUCUGAAGUUGUCAGAGUUUGUUAAAGACCCCUACUUCGAAACCGAUGAUAGCCUUAUACAGCUUUAUGAAAACUUUAUAUGUGAUUUUGAGCACAGGAUAAACCCCCUUUCCCUGGUGGAGAUUGUUCUUUUCGUUGUCAGACAGAUGACAGACCCGAAUGAUGCCAUCACCUUCCUUGAGAAGACUAAAGAAAAGGUGAAGAGCAGUGAAGAGGCCGUCAUCCUGUGCAAAACAACUAUUGGGAGUCUGAAAUUAGAGAUCAGUGAGCUCACUGCAACAAAGAAAUUGAUAGAGGAGGUGGAAGAGAUGCUGAAUAAUUUGCCGGGUGUAACAUCAGUCCACGGUCGCUUCUAUGAUCUAUCUAGCAAGUACUAUCGUUUUGUGGGAAACCAUGCGUUGUACUACAAGGAUGCCCUGCGCUAUCUCGGCUGUGUGGAUGUGAAGGACUUGUCUGAAACAGAAAAACAGGAGAGAGCUUUUACACUGGGCCUCGCAGGACUGCUGGGAGAGGGAGUUUACAAUUUUGGUGAACUCCUAAUGCACCCGGUUUUGGAGUCUUUGAGAAAUACAGACAAGCAGUGGCUUAUAGAUACGCUGUACGCCUUCAACAGUGGCAAUGUCGUCAAGUUCCAGGCUUUGAAAUCAGCCUGGGGACAGCAGCCAGAUCUUGCAGCUCAUGAGCCCAAACUGAUGCAGAAGAUACAACUUCUCUGUGUGAUGGAGAUGACUUUUACACGCCCCACCAAUAACAGACAACUGACAUUCCAAGAAAUAGCACAGAGUGCCCAAAUCCCAGUGAAUGAGGUGGAGCUGCUUGUGAUGAAGGCCCUCUCCGUCGGUUUGAUAAAAGGCAGUAUUGAUGAAGUGGACCAGACAGUUCAGAUGACAUGGGUUCAACCAAGAGUACUGGAUUUACACCAGAUUAAGGGCAUGAACGAGCGACUUGAAUUGUGGUGUAAGGAUGUGAAGAACACGGCAGUGUUAGUGGAGCAGGAAGCCCAUGACAUCCUCACUUAGAGCAGCUUCUGAUCACCACAACUCUUGACACCACUGCACAUUCCCUUUUUUUCCAUCUCAUUUGAGCGCUUGACAUUCGAUACUUGAUAUUUGAUUUGUUUACUGUUUACAUUUUCAGUACGGAAUUCCUAUGUUUUGUAUUAAUGCCAGUUAUUUAUGCGAGAGUAUCUUGUUCCACUGGCUUUCUUUGCUAUUUGAUUUUUGUGUUUGUUUUGUGGUUUCUAUAAAAAUGUAAUUCCAAAUCUGUUCAAUUGCUUGAACAUCAUUUGACUUACAAUGCAGGCGUUCGCUGUGUGUCUCAAAAGGCGUCCUCUCCCGUGAAUAUAUUCCACGUAUAUUUCACUAGCAUGAAAUUAAAGUCGUCUGUAUGUGGAAGUGGUCUUGGGCAACAUGUAUCAAACACACUUAAGAAAGACGCUUCAUCAAGGGUUCUUUAGAAAAGGCAAUGGUUCUAUUUAGAACCAUGAGUUCUAUAUAGAAGCAUUUCAUGCUUAAAUGGUUCCUUGCAUGGAGAAGUAAUAAAUGUAAGUGUAAUAAAUGGUUCUAAAUAGAACUCAUGGUUCAUUGUCUUUACUUUAGACCCCCUAAAAAACUUUUUAGAGUAUAUAAGGACUUUUAGAUAUGUUAAAUGACUGCCUACUAUUACAGUACUGUGCAAAAGUCAAAGACCACCCUUUCAUUUCUUUAAUUGGCGGUCAAAACAGCCAAUAGGUACGAAGUUAUUCAUUUUUCAUUUUAUGAUAUCAAAUCUAUCUAAUUUGACCUCUCUUUAAUUCUGUGCACCUAACUCCUUUUUGUGCACUUUAACUCCUCCAUCCUUCCAAUCUUAAACCCAACCAACAAAAGCUGUUCCCAAAGGAGGCACUGAUUUUAUGUUCCCCCUCAAACAGACACUAACAUUCACACAAGUAAAUACUCAAAUACACCUAACAUUCCUUCUGAUUUCUUUCUCUUGUGAAUCCAACAGAUAAAUGAGACAUUUCUGAGAUUAGAUACAAGAUAAUCCACUUGCAAAAGGAAGCAGAAAGUCAAAGGAAAAACAUAAUAGGUCAAAAAAUGAUAAAACCAUAUAGAAAAAAUGAGACUCCUGAUGAUGCAAGACUUACAGCUUUCAUCUUUGAGAGAAGCUCCACUGUUGCUUCAGUUGUUCACAGGUGUUUCUGUCCAUCCUUCCACUGUGAGAAGACAACUCAGCGCUCUGGGUCUGAAAGGAUGUGUAGCUGUCAAGAAGCCCUCACUGAGAAAAGAAAAUAGAAUUUACACUUAAACAUGAAACUGGACGUCUGAGAUGUGGAGGUUUUAUGGAUUGACGAGUCCAGAUUUGUAAUCAUAUCAUAAGAAGCAGAAAACAGAACCAACUUCUAAGACUGAACUUUGGAGGUGUGGAAAAAUAUCCCUGCAUUCUUUUCAGGAGACUUUCAGAAAAACUGACUGUCUCCUGAAAAGAAUGGAAGCUGUAAUAAAAGCAAAGGCUGGUAAAUAUUGAGAAAUGUAUAGUUUGUUGUUGAGGUUGCUGUGUAAUUUUCUGUGAAAUAUAUUUUAUAUUUUUUUCCUGACAGUGAAAAAUGAAUAACCUCUACUUAACAGCCAAUUUGAUUGGAAAUUAAAUAAAUGGAAAGGUGGUUUCUGACUUUUGCACAGCACUGUAUGUUACUGUUUAAACCGCUGUUUGAAUUAUAGAGAUAGGAUUUAAAGUUGUUGGUCAAGAAUUGACUAAAGGGUGUUAGUUGGCCAAAGUAGGUAUUAACAUAUGGUCACAACAUUGUCCUCCCAGUGUCCUCCCAAUCUGUCUUUUAAAGGAAGGGGCCGGGUGAAUCGAUACUUGCCAGUUGGUUUGGUUUAGGGAACAAAAUGUUAAAAAAUGAGAUAUU